AGCCACAUAACUACAUAAUAGUCAUCCUACUACACUGCAACAAUUCAUAUAAGAGCCAACACAACCCAUCAGUCAUCCGCAGUUUUCGAUGAAGAUCGGAUCUCCCCUGUCGGCGGCAUCAUGACCGUCCCUGGAAGGCCUCGAAAGGGCAAUCAGGAUUGUAGCUCACCCACGAAGCGGAAGCGCGCCGAGACGGGUCCGAUUCUUUCUAACAAACGAGCCCGGCCAGAGAACAGCUUCAAUUUAUCGUCGACGGACGAUGCUAAAAUAUUGCAAGCCGUGGAGUCUAAAUACGAUGUUCAAGUUCACUCAAUAAUCUCGUCAUCCAAAAUCCAGAAAAAGGUGGCUGCGAUCCUUCAACAUCUUGAUUCCCCUGCGAGCAAGACGGCUGUAUCUAUCCUUCGGGCCAAGGCAUCUGACGCGGGCAAGCUAGUGUCAGUAGCCGAAAUCGCGAAGCGGGAACUAGGAAAACGAACAGAUGGUGGGCGUGUCUGGUUUCAAUACAUUGCGCUUGGCGAGGAGCUUAAGGAAAUACCAAGAGAAGGCGAUACUGUCAUUGAAGAGACAAGGCUCGAUGACGACGAUGUGGACUUUGAGGUCAUGAAGACCCCCUUUCAGAGAGCCAUCGAAACCCAACCCCGCUUAAGAGGAGUGCCCAUCGUGAGCCUAUUCCUCUGCCGAGUUUCUAUCGAGGAGUUAAAGAGAUACGGAGAACAGACGAGCACGGGUUCGACAUAGCCAGCUCAGCAUUGCUAAUAUUCUCGUCAAGACGUA